UUUUGUCUGAGGGAGGGGAGACAGAGGACUCUCCGGUCGCCUCCUUCGCUCCGCGCGGAGGGAAGAAAGAUCCGAGCCCCCGGCCGCGAUGGCGGCGUCUGAGUCCGAAUGCCAAGCGUCGUCCGGGUCGGGCGCGGAAGACGCGUCGCCGCUUCUCCCUCCCCCUGCGAGCGCCGCCCCGGCGGGCCGCCGCCUGUGCGACCUGCGGGUGAUCGACCUGCGCGCCGAGCUGAAGCGCCGCAACCUGGACAGCGGCGGCAACAAGAGCGUCCUCCUCGAGCGCCUCCGCAGAGCCAUUGAGGAAGAGGGGGGGAAUCCUGAUGAAAUUCCAGCUGCUGCUGAAAUUACCAAUAAGAGAACACCCAAAAGAACCAUAAAAGGACGUAAACCAGAAGAGGAAGAUGGUGAAGAUAAUGGAUUGGAGGAGAACUCGAGAGAUGGGCAGGAGGAUACUGAAGCAAGUUCAGAUAACUUGCAGGAUAUUGACAUGAUGGACAUUAGUGUGUUAGAUGAAGCUGAAACCGAUAAUUCCAGUGCCAUCGAUUGCAAGGAUGAUUACAUUGCUGAAAAUGUUCUUGACUCUGAUGAGAAAGAUAAUACUGACACAGAACUGAAGGAACUUCCUGAUCAGCUGAUGGAUAAUGAGGAGAAUGGUGAGGAACUUGAUAACAUGCUGGAUGCUGCUUCCUCUGAUUUAGCUGCAGAGAAGGAUUUGGAAUAUCAUCAUACAGAGCCAGAAAAUGAGAAAAUGCUCGACAUUUUGGGUGACACUUGUAAAUCUGAGCCCUUUAAAGAAGACACUUCCGAAGCGGAGCAGGCACAGGAAGCGAAAAACCCGUUGGCGGGCGAAAAGGCAGCCGAGGAAGAGGAAGACGCGCUUGCCGCCACCGCCCCUCUGUUGGAAGAAGACCUUUUAGAUACGGAGAGCCCCUCAGCCCGGGCUGCAGUCAGGAAGCAGGAGGAGGCGGAGGCAAAGCACUUAGUGGUAGCGGCAGGGGAGCUGAGCGAGCAGACAGGCGAGGAAGCCCAGCUGGACUCGGACUCUGUAGCGGUAGAGAGCAGGAGUGGUGGUGGAGGAGGAGGAGGUGAAGGAGAUGAGAGUAGCAAAACAGCAGCCCAGAGUCUGGAAGCCAGUAGUGAGGCCAGUGUGGCCAGCCAAGAGGCCACGAAGAUGGAAGAGAAAUCUCAGUGUGAGGAAGACUCCUCCUCUGCCACUAGAGAGGCCUCUGCCCCAGAGGGUGGUGAUCAGAACACGAGUUCGGAGGAGAACAAAGAUAUAAAACUGGCUUCAAAAGAAGAGAAAGGUCACAGUGUUGCCGCUUCUGGUCGGAACUUUUGGGUGAGCGGCCUUGCUUCCACCACCCGAGCAACUGACUUGAAGAACCUCUUUAGCAAAUACGGAAAAGUGGUUGGCGCAAAAGUGGUCACCAAUGCUCGCAGUCCAGGCUCCCGGUGUUAUGGUUUUGUGACUAUGUCUACAGCAGAAGAAGCCACAAAAUGCAUUGAGCAUUGCCACAAAACGGAAUUACAUGGGAAAAUAAUAUCUGUUGAGCGAGCCAAAAACGAACCUGCUGCUAAGAAGCCCUUGGAGAAAAAGGAAAAUGAGGUGAAGAGUGAAGGAUCAGCCAGUGACAGGUCUCUCACCACAAAAAAAAGUGAGAAGGCAGACCAGAAAGAAGAUGCCAAAAAAACUGAAGAAAAGGAUGAGAAGGGAAAAGAGGAGAUGAGAUCUGGAUCAGCGGACCAAUCUAAGACCCCCAAAUCAGGAAACAAAGCUACAGAAAGGACUGUGAUAAUGGAUAAAUCCAAGGGUGAACCGGUUAUUAGCGUAAAGACAACAACUACAUCGAAAGAUAGAAGUGUCAAGAGCCAAGAUCGUAAAUCAGAAAGCAGGGAAAAGAGCAGAGAGAGGCAAGGAAAUGUGCCGUUUGACAAAAACAAGGAGCAAAAACGUCUGCGAGAAAUAGAACAUCGCAGUACACGGGAGCGUCGAGAGAAACAGCAGCGCAUGCAAGCCAUCUGGGAGCAAGAGGAACGAGAGAGGCUCGAGAUUGCCCGGGAGAGGCUGGAAAUCGAAAAAACCCGCCUGGAGCGGGAGCGGAUGGAGCGAGAGCGCCUGGAGCGGGAGCGCAUGCAUAUUGAGCAUGAACGGCGACGGGAGCAGGAGCGCAUCCAGCGUGAGAGGGAGGAGCUGCGGCGGCAGCACGAGCAGCUUCGCUAUGAACAAGAGAGGCGCGUGUCACUGAGGCGGCCAUAUGACAUGGAUGGGAGGCGAGAUGACCCAUACUGGCCAGAGUCAAAGCGGAUGGCAAUGGAUGACCGCCAUCGCUCGGAUUUUAACCGCCAGGACCGGUUCCAUGAUUUUGACCACAGGGAUCGUGGGCGGUACCAAGACCAUUCUCUAGACAGGAGGGAAGGAUCACGAGGAAUUAUGGGAGAUAGAGAUGGGCAGCACUAUGCAGAUGAGCGCCAUGGGAGACCAGAUCGGCACUCACGAGAUAGCUGGAGCAGCUACGGUUCUGACCGGCAUAUGAGCGAGGGGCGGGGCAUACCCCCACAGUCUCGAGAUGGACGAAGCUGGGGAAAUCACAGUAGAAAAUUUGAUGGCCACCAAGAUCGCUCCUGGCAGAGCAACACACAUGGAGGAGCGACGGGGCGAGAUCAUGAGCGAUGGCAAGGUGGGGGCAGAGGGAGACGUGGCCAUGUGAUGCAGCGAGGUGGAAUGUCUGGGCGGGGUCGCUUCGUGCCAAGCGGCACACAGGGCCAAGCCUCACAUGGUGGAGAGGCACAGGACGAAGGCUUCUCAGGGCAGGACAGAGGGAGCCGGCCCAAUGAUCCUCGGUUCAGUCGUCGCUAUUGAAUGUUUUAUUGGCUCUCCCCCUCCAGAGACUACAACACUACUGCUCAGUGUCCCACUGGCCAUGACUCUUAAGUUGACCGUUGUUUUCCUUCAUAGCUCAAGAUGUGAACCCAUUCAGGUUAUUUUUUGUUUUGUUAUGUGCUCCUGUACGUGCCCCUCCCCCCCUUUAAAAGAAAGUACAUUUCUUUUAUGAGGCAUUCCAUUUUCUAUAAAUAAAAUAAAAAGUUUCCAAUUGC